CACUCCCAGAUAUGCCUAAAAAGAAGUCUGCCACUCAGUUUGAGCUUGUUCGUUGUAGUAACUGUUCCUCUGAACUCCCCGUGCGCAAACCAAGCSGCGUGUCAGCUGUGGCGAUCCUCAAAGACAACGAAUGUACCAUACGACAACUGACACAGUGCUGCUCGGUAAAGAAUAGGAAGGGGCAGUAAAGUAAACGCACGUUUUUAGCAUAAUUUGUCAAACAAUUUGCAUUUGGAUUAYCUGGAGAUAACGGUCGUCCAUUUGGACGGAGAACAGACACUUUUCUCUCGCUAAUAACYCCGGGGAGCUCAAAUCGAGAUACUCCGUGACAUCGUAUCGCUUUACUUUUUAAGGUGUAGUGAACAAUAAUGGGUUAUGUUUGCGGAUGAUCAAGAGGAGACUGGCGUCUUGAGCUUAUCGUCGGACACAUGAAUAUUUGCCAUGCCACUUGGGAUGGCUCUGAUCUCAGCCCUGCUCAUCCUCCUACUGAUCACCACCUCAUACUCCCUCGCUGUCCGCACUUAUCCACGCUUCUCCAGAAAUGACACUUCUUUUGAGCACCUGGUCCUGCACCCGGACCCCUCUGUGGGCACGGUUUAUGUGGGGGCCAGGGACCACCUAUUCCAACUGGAUGGGCUAGACGGCCUGCGUCUGGAGCAUGAGGAGAGGACCGGCCCUGUGACUGAUAGUAAGGAGUGUCUUCCCCCUGUCACCGAGGCCAACUGCCCCCAGGCCCGGCACACCUCCAACCACAACAAGCUGCUCCUAGUGGACCCCUCAGCCAUGGAGCUCAUCACCUGUGGUAACGUCCACCAGGGCACCUGCCAGAAGCGCAGCCUGACCUCUGUGAAGGAGGUCCUGUUCUCCACAGAGAGGCCGGUGGAUACCCAGUACGUGGCGGCCAACGACCCGGAGGUGUCCACAGUGGGGCUGGUGGUGGGGCCCCGAGGCGGGGAGCGGGCCGUGCUCUACGUGGGGCGUGGUUACACAAGCAGCCAUCCGCCCAUCUCCACACGCCAUCUGGCCCACGAGCCUGUGUUCUCUUACGAGGAGACGGCCAAGCUGGCCGUGGCGGGAAGGCUCUCGGAGUACGACCACCAUUUUGUAGCRGCRUUCGCUCGSCGUGGGCAUGUGUACUUCUUYUUCUAUCGRCGUGACAUUAAGGCUGUGUCGCGGGAAUACCGUACGUAUGCUGCCCGCGUGUGUCUGGAUGACACCUCCUACUAUUCCUAUGUAGAGGUACCCCUGGUGUGUCACUCCUCCUCUACCUCCUCCCCAGAGAGGAACUACAACCUCCUCCAGGCAGCCCAGGUGGGUCAGGGGGGUGGCAGAGAGGGGGACACCCUGCUGGGGGUGUUCUCCACCCGGGUCAGCUCUUCCAACGGGCCCUCCGAGGACUCCGCUCUGUGUGUGUUCCCUCUGGACGAGCUGGACAGACUCAUCGACUCCACACGAGACCUGUGCUACACACUGGAUGGCCAUGUGAAGGGAGUAGGCGAGGUGGCCUACAUAGAGUAUGAGGUCAAGUCCAGCUGUGCCAACUUACCUACGAACACCCUAAAGGCUUAUCCCUGUGGCUCUGACCACACCCCCAGUCCAAUGGCCAGCAGGGUACCCAUGGAAGCUGAGGCAGUAUUGGACAGCCCAUCUGCCCGUCUCACUGCUGUGGCUGUCGGUAUGAGUGCUGGGCACACCAUUGCCUUUUUAGGAGACUCUAAAGGGAAUUUGCACAAGGUGUUCCUAGGCUCUGGAGGCAGGGUGGAGAUGUACUCCUCCGUGCUCAUCCAGCCCAACUCGCCCGUCAGCAGUGACCUCCUGCUGGACCAGACGGAGACGCACAUCUACGUCAUGACCGGCGCAAUGGUGGAGAAGCGACCGGUGGCAGAGUGUGGAGAUCACCUGGACUGUCAGUCCUGUCUUUCAGCCCGAGACCCUUACUGUGGCUGGUGUGUUCUGGAGGGCAGGUGUGGCCAGCGUUCACAGUGCGGUCGGGGGGCUCUGCAGGGCCAGUGGCUGUGGAGCUUUGACCACCAGCAGCAGCAGUGUCUCGGUAUCCAAUCCCUGAGCCUGUAUAACAUCAGCCGUGGAGAGGAGACAGACAUUGCUGUGUCAGUGAAGGGGUUGCCCAGUCUAGUGCAAGGCGAAGAAUACAGCUGUUUCUACCAGGAUGUGGAACGUCUGGCCACCGUCACAGACACUGGUGUGACCUGCUCUACUCCCGACGCCAGCAGGUUGCCUCCCAUUGGCCAGGGAGAAGACUCAGUCACCAUCCCCCUGUCCCUUCGCUUUCUCAAUGUGACUGUGGCUGCUCGGGAGUUCACCUUCUUUGACUGUGGUGUGGUCCAACAGCUCUCUGGACUCAUGCCGUGCAGAGGGUGUGUGAGCAGUCGUUGGGGCUGUAACUGGUGUAUUCACCAGCACAUGUGCACCAAUAAAAUCUGUGAGGGAGUCACAAUUUACAACAAACACUUCAAACCAACAUUCACUCCCCCAGCAACCAAACAAUCUGACACUCUAACUCCAACUCUCCUGGCUGCCCCAACACUCCCAACCACAGGGACAUCUAUUAGGACCACUCCCCCAGUCCCGGCCAGCACACCUGUGCCCCCAUCCACCACACCCACCACCCCCGAGCCAACCGCAGUCCCCACCACCCACUCACCAACCAUUGCCACCACCACACCCUCAACCACACUGGCCACUCAGGCUACCACUGCAACACUAGAGGUGACAACCAGUCUGCAGGCAGGGACAAAGACCACCGCUGGAGAGACCUCAGUGGAUGGAGAUGGGAGCCUCCCCAGGACUACUGCUGGAACAGGGGAGACGGAGCAGACAACAGUCACUAGGGUUGAGCUGCUAGACUGGCCCGAGUCUCCAGAAACUGUGGCUCCUAGUAGUACAAAUGGACUCACCGACACUGACCACACUGUGCCGGAGCCCUCUGACACCACCUCAACCACUGCUAGUGGUGUCCCCCUGUUAAUGGACCUGCCCACUGGCUCUGACGGGGAUAAAGUCCCCCUGUUAAUGGACCUGCCCACUGGCUCUGAAGGGGAUGAAGUCCCCCUGUUAAUGGACCUGCCCACUGGCUCUGACCGGGAUGAAGUCCCCCUGUUAAUGGACCUGCCCACUGGCUCUGACGGGGAGGAAGUCCGCCUGGCCCCCUCUGAAGGUACAGACUCACCUCCCUGGACAAAGGAAUGGGAGAAGGGAGAGACAGAGAUAGAGAUGGACCCUCCAACAUCCUCUGCCACAGUGCCCUCUGGAGAUGAUGACCCAAACCAGCCCUCUCAAUCAUUUACCCUCACACCUGACCCUGACUCUUCAGCAGACUACCAGUCUGACUCCUCUGAAAUUGAUCUGCCGGACUGCCCGUGUGUGGAGAAGGUCCAGGGCUCCUCUCUCGUUCCUGUUAAUGUGGAGCGGAAGAUCACUCUGGUUGUACACCAUCUUCACCUCUUCCAGGAUGAGGAUCUGGACUAUGAGUGUGUGCUGACCAUCGAAGGGCGGUCAGUGGUGGUGGACGCGUACGUGGAGCCAGACGACACCCAGCCCUCUCUCUACUUCAUCACCUGCCAGCUACACCAGUACGCCUAUACUGCCUUUGUGGAGGAGUACAAUGCCGUGAUCAAUGUGAGGAGGAGAAACACCUUUCAGAUUGAUAGUGCGGACGACCUUCAUGUGACGUUGUUUAACUGCUCUGUGGGCCGGUCAGACUGCAGCCGGUGUCGUACGGCUGAUCAGAAGUACGGCUGUGCGUGGUGCGGGGGAGCUCGCUCCAAAUGCAGUUACCGGGACUCCUGCGCUGGCGAGAUCAAGCAGUCCUGCCCAGCACCCGUCAUCCACUUAAUGGAGCCCAUCUCUGGACCAGUAGAAGGUGGUACUGUGGUGACCAUCUCAGGCUCCAAUCUUGGACAGAAAGCUGAAGACAUCCAGAACUCUGUCACUAUAGCUGGUGUCCCCUGCACGGUCAUCAACAGCAGAUAUGAGAUCUCCUCAAGGAUUGUGUGUGAGACCACAGCCAGUGGGGGAGAGAAGAGUGGUCAGGCCUCAGUCGAGGUGAGAGGAGGAGGGCUUGGACUCUCCAGUCAAAGGUUCAGCUUCCAGGACCCGGCUCUGAUUGGGAUAGCCCCUCAGAAGGGGCCCAAGGCUGGGGGCUCAGCAUUGACCAUAAUGGGCCAGAGCCUGAAGACUGGACACCCCAGUGAGGUCAGCGUGCUUAUUGGAGGAGUCUCAUGCCUCAUCUCUGAGGUCGUGGAUGACCAGAUUACAUGUAUGACAGGGGGCAGCAACAGAACUGGAGAGCAUGGAAUCACAGUCCGGUUUGGUAGAGCAGAACGCCAUCUACAGGGAGCCAUCUAUCAUUACACCUCAGACCCUAACAUAACCAUGGCUGCACCCUCAAAAAGCUUCCUCAGUGGUGGAAGAAUGAUCCGUGUGUCUGGGCAAAACCUAGAUGUAGUGCAGGUGCCCCGAAUCCGGGUGACCCUUAGUCCUCUGGAGUCCCUUUCUCCGAGGAAGAAGAGGAGGACGAGGAGGAGCAGCAGAGAUGGAGAGAGUAGAUUUGAGACAAGUUGCGCCGUGAGCAGCCCCUCUCUGAUGCUGUGCCCUACGCCUGCCGUGGGGACAGAGGCCCACCAUGCUCGGGUCAAGGUGGACUUCCUACUGGAUAACCUGCACUUUGACUUCAACUCUGUGGGCAGUGGGGCUUUCAGCUACGAGCUCAACCCCAGGCUGUACCCACUGAACCAGAAUGACCCCAGCAAACCCUACCACCACAAACCUGGCAGCAUCAUCUCUGUGGAGGGGGAGAACCUGGACCUGGCCAUCUUUAAGGAGGAGGUGGUGGCUCUGAUUGGGGAAGGGGUAUGCUCUGUGAAAACCUUGACCCAUAACCACCUCUACUGUGAGCCUCCAUCCCAGCAGCCCUCUGUGAUGGCCAGCAAGAAGCAGGAGGGCAUGGAUUCUCUCCCCGAGUUCACUGUCCAGAUGGGGAACCUGAACUUCUCCCUGGGCAGAGUGCAGUAUGACACCCAAGGCCAGUCCACCUUCCCCCUGGAGGCCCAGGUGGGCGUAGGGGUGGGGGCUUCCAUCGUAGCCCUCAUCGUUGUCAUCAUAGUGCUCAUAUAUAGGAGGAAAAGCAAACAGGCUGUGAGGGACUACAAGAAGGUCCAGAUUCAGCUGGAGAAUCUGGAGACCAGUGUGAGGGACCGCUGCAAGAAAGAGUUCACAGACCUGAUGACUGAGAUGAUGGACUGUUCAAGUGACCUGGUGGGUUCUGGUAUUCCCUUCCUGGACUACAAGGCGUAUGCAGAGCGCAUUUUCUUCCCUGGCCACCGGGAGUCGCCACUGAGGCGAGAUUUGGAUGUGCCGGAGUGCCGUAGACAGACGGUGGAGCAGGGACUAGUUCAACUGUCCAACCUCCUCAACAGCAAACUAUUUCUCACCAAGUUCAUCCACACCCUGGAGGUGCAGCGGACCUUCUCUCCUCGGGACCGGGCCUACGUGGCCUCACUUCUCACCGUGGCCUUGCAUGGGAAGCUGGAGUACUUCACUGACAUCCUCAAGACUCUGCUAAAUGACCUGGUGGUGCAGUACGUGGCCAAGAACCCCAAACUCAUGCUCCGAAGAACUGAAUCGGUGGUCGAGAAGCUCCUGACCAACUGGAUGUCCAUCUGUCUGUUCACCUUCCUGAGGGACACUGCAGGGGAGUCCUUCUACAUGCUGUUUAGAGCCAUUAAACACCAGGUGGACAAAGGACCGGUGGACGCUGUGACAGGAAAGGCCAAGUACACACUCAACGACAACAGGCUGCUCCGCGAGGACAUAGAGUACAAAACCUUGACGCUGAAUGUCCUCAUGCCAGCGACAGGCAACGGUGGCGAGCCCCAGACCGCUCCUGCCAAGGUGCUGGACUGUGACACCAUAACCCAGGUGAAGGAGAAGGUUCUGGAGCAGGCAUGGAAGGGGAUGUCCUUCUCCCAGAGGCCCCACACAGACUCUCUCCACCUGGAGUGGCGUGCGGGCAUGGCUGGUCACCUGAUCCUGUCAGACGAGGACUUGACGUCGGUGGUGCAGGGCUCCUGGAAACGCCUCAACACCCUGCAGCAUUACAAGGUUCCGGAUGGAGCCACUGUUGCACUGGUACCCCGGAACUCCAAACACAUCCACAAUGACAACCAUGACUACUUUCCUGGAGAGAAGACGCCCAUGUUGGACGAUGGGGACGAGGGAGGUGUGAAGCUCUGGCACCUGGUGAAAGCCAAUGAGGAGCCAGACCUGCCCAAACACAGGCGUGGCAGUCUGAGAGAGAGGGAGAGAGAGAGGGCCAAGGCCAUCCCCGAGAUCUACCUCACACGCCUACUCUCCAUGAAGGGCACACUGCAGAAGUUUGUGGAUGACUUGUUCACAGUGAUCCUGAGCACUAACCAGCCAGUUCCCAUGGCUGUCAAGUACUUCUUUGACCUGCUGGAUGAGCAGGCUCUGCAGCACAACAUUACAGACCCUGAGACCAUCCACAUCUGGAAGACUAACAGUUUACCCCUGAGGUUCUGGAUCAACAUCUUGAAGAACCCCCAGUUCAUCUUUGAUGUUCAGGCAUCAGACCAUGUGGAUGCUGUGCUGUCUGUCAUAGCCCAGACCUUCAUGGACUCAUGUACCAUCGCAGAGCACAAGCUGGGCAGGGACUCUCCUAUCAACAAGUUGCUCUAUGCCAGAGAUAUCCCACGGUACAAGCAGAUGGUAGAGAGAUACUAUGCUGACAUCAGGCAGACCAUUUCUGCCAGUGACCAGGAAAUGAAUUCUGCUCUUGCAGAACUGUCUCGAAAUUAUGCUGGUGAGGUGAACUACCUUGUAGCCCUGCAUGAGCUGUACAAGUACAUCAACAAGUACUAUGAUCAGAUCAUCACUGCUCUAGAGGAGGACCCUACAGCUCAGAAGAUGCAGCUGGGCUACAGGCUCCAGCAGAUUGCGGCUGCCGUGGAAAAUAAAGUCACUGACCUAUGAUAACAGAGUGGCCCUGAGACGGGACAGGCCGAGACCCUGAGGAAAAGACACCUGCUGAGAGGAGUAGUCCGAAAGGAAAAGAAUGUGUGAAAAGGAAAAAGACCUUGUGCAUACAGGGUGUGAUUUCCCUCUCUUUUUGGCAGACUGAAGGAAGUAAAGAAGGUUGAGGGGCACUCAGUGGUGCCCUUCUCUUUUUGCCAUAUCUGUGUAGAGUUACUGUGCGUAGAUUCUCCUGACAAGCUGCACAGGAGAUUUCCAUAGCGACCUGACUACAUUUACCCACUGCUACUCAGUGUGUACAUACAUAGACAUUAUCCUGAGUAAAUGAGCAAAGCCCUGUUGAACUCUCUGGACUGCUGCAGAGUUUCUGCAACACAAACAACGUCUUACUGGGAUGAAAUGGAUGGAUAAAGUUCAUUGAAUAGCACUUAUUGCAUUGAUGCUAUUGUCAUUGACUUGCUAAUGCCUUCUGUUUCCCUGAAUCACAUUUUCAAAGUCUUACUUUACUGGUAUAACUAUCCUUUGCAGACAAUGUGUGCGGUAGUAUUGUCUUCACUCAUCCUUUUCACUCCCCAUCAAUGUUUUUGUCGAUCCACAAAGUUUUUCUGCUUCAUGUAGUUGGACACUAAAGAACAGACUGCUUUCAAUACAUUGUGAAAAUGUUAGGUACUCCAUGUGCUGACUUUUAUGGUCACCCAGCUUUGACAUUCUCUAUGAUUUGAAUGUUCCCUUCCAAAAUCGUGUAUGAUGUACAAGUAAUUUUAGUGCAUUUCUGAUGGUAAUUCUAUGGUUCCCUAUAACUAGCAGAGAAAUCUCAGCUAGUUAAUGUUCAAUCUGCAGAAUGUUCCUUCUCUUAGCAGUGUGCGAGACUUCACUACACAUUAUCUUUCAAUGGCAGACUAGAAGGUGCUCUCAAAAAGGUGUAUUUUGUGAGCAGCCGGAGCUAGUAACCAAACACAACAAUUCACAGAACUGAAUGUGAUCGAACAGUUUGUUUUAGAAAAUGGCUGGUUAUGUGACCAAUAUGACAUUUUCUGUCAACAAUGUGGGAUGCAAUGACUAACAAGCAACACCUGUUUGCAGGUUUUUCCGUCACGGAUUAUUUGAACAAAUCACAAUUUAGCAGGGUGUGUGUCUUUUGAAUUUCAGAAGGGUGGGGAGAUGACAUUUGUCCCUCUGACUUAAAAGAAACUUGCAGAGAAAGGGGGGUGGAGCUAACGUUCUGCUUCCGCUCCUCAUUCUAGUAUCUUUUCUCAUACAUAUCCCCCCCAGAACUUGAGAGUAUCUGACGCAAUUACGUAAGAUUUUAGUUCUGGGUAUCCGAGAUUAGUAUAGUUGUAAAGGUUGAGCGAAAGGAGUUUGAGAUUGGCAAUAUAUAUUGUUUAUCUCAUAAAACUUGCAGCAUGACAUGUUUUUAGUCUCAACAAUGAAUCCUUUAGCCCAAGGCCUCAUCACUGACCUUUUUUAUGACUGAAAUUAAACGGUAGCCCUAUUGUUUGCUUUUCACUAAUACAACAUUUUAACCCUCAAGCUACUGACUGGAGUCAUUUUGACCCCAUAGGUAUAUUUAUCAUAGCCCAAAGGUGGUUUAUUAAAAUCUUCAAAUUUCUAA